AUGAUGCAGGUUCAUGUUGUCAACCGGGCAUUCCAGCGGGCGCCUCUGGCAAUGGAGAGCGAGUUCGAUUUCCCACACAUGACUUUGGCGAAGCUUGAAAGUGGAGAGUCGGAGCACGUCAAUGAUGAGACCAUCUGGAAGAGUGCUGUCACAAGCGAGGAGAUCAACAUCACUCGAAUACUCACACAGCUGAACCACGACGUCAAAUGCUCUGGCCUUCCUUUCAGACUGACCCCUGUCCAUGUUCAACAAUGCUGGUAUGGAGAGCGCUACAACAUCACAGGCGGCGAAGGGCUUCAAGUUUUCCGACGUCUCCAAGCCUUCGUCCUCUCCGCGUGCGUCAAGCUGGGUCCUGGCAGCGUGCAGGAGUGGUCAAAGGAGCCUGGUCACCCGCACAUCACCUAUGAGUACCCGAACAUGCGAGAGGCCCGA